AAUGUCCGAAGAGAAUUUAAAAGAAAACUUAAAAUCAAAGGCAGACAAAGUGUUUGAGCUUGUUGAAAAUUGGGAUCCAAAUAAAGAAAUAAUAGAGAGUAACGAUAUUCUGAUUCAGUGUUUUAACGAUUUGUCGGAUGAUGAAAAAUGUUUCAAACAUGAAAAACAACUUGAUGCCAUUGCUGAUCGAAUUACUAAAUAUAAGGAAAAUGCUGAUAAAGAUACAAAUAUUUAUGAAUUUUCAUUAGCUUUUAGAAAAGAGAUGGAUAUAGUAACAAUUGAUAAUAUUGAAUAUCCCAUGAGUUUAGAUUCAUGCCUAAUUCAUAGUUCUGAAAGAGAGAUGGAAAGGAGAAAGGAUGUUAUUUUCUAUUGUUUUUUGAAAUUAUCGCAAGACGAACAAGAGAAAAUUAGACAGAAAAAUUGCAAGAAUCUCGUUGAAUACUAUCUGGUUUAUCAUAGAGAAUUGCAGAUAAAGAAGAGUACUGACCGCCUAAAUAAUUAUCUUAAAACUCUAUCCGACGUGGAAAGACAAGCAAUUUUUAAGAAAAGAAAUAGUUAUGGUUUAUGCCUUAUCCACUGUGCUACAAGAAAACGCUGUACUCAUCUACUUAACAUUCUUAAAUCAUUCAGAGCAAAUUUUUACGAAAGAGACGCAAAUGAUAAUCUACCAUUGGUUUAUUAUUUCAAUAAACCGGAAGGCGAUGAUUCUCCGAUGGAGAGUAUAGAAACAUUUUUAGACGAUAUUAAUACCAAUGGAGUAAUUACGUUUAAUGGUCUUUUUAGACAUUUUCUUACUGAUAUAUUCGAAGAAACUGGCGAAGAAUCCUUGCUAAUUAAAGCUGUUCAAUACCGUUGCAAUAUGAAUAUUAUUGAAUGCCUUAUUAUAAUUAUGAGAAAUAUAAUUAGUGAAGAUGAAUUCUUUCAUUGGCUCCAGAUGAGGGACGAACAAGGAAGAACAGCGCUUUGCCUUUCGAUAAGAAACUUACAGAAAACCAUUUCCAUGUACUUAUUUGAUUUGAUAAAGGAGAGAAAUGAUAACUAUAUCCUAGAAAUGAUUACUGAUCACGAUAGAUGUACUCCUUUUCAUUUUAAAUUUGAUAAACUAUCUGCAAGAGAUAUUCAAGAAUAUAAGGAAUUGUUUAAUAUGAUUUAUAAGAAAUACGAACUAAUAGUCGAUUGGAAAGACAAUAAUAAUAAAAGAAUUAUUCACUAUGGUCUAUUCGAAUCAGAUAUAUUUCGAUAUUUAUUAAAUAUAGGAUUUGAAUUAACUUCGGAAAUGGAGUAUCCAUUAAUCUUUUCACUGGCGGAAGUAAAAAAUAUGGAUUCUAUUAAAAUCUAUUUUGCCGGGCUAAGCGCUUAUUCACCAGAUGUAUUCUUUAACGAAAUACUUCGAAUUGAUGAAAAGAAUGGGUAUAGCGUUGUUCAUUAUGCAGUUGAUAAUAAGAAUCCUUAUCUAAUUAACUAUUUAAUAGAAAACGAAAUAAUUAAGGAACUAUUAGACAAUAUUGAUGAUAGUAUUUUUUGGAUGUUUUUAAAUACUGAGAAUAUAAAAGGUGAAUUAGCAGUAGAGACGGCAGUAAAAUAUGGAAAGAGUAGUAAUGUGGAUUAUCUAUUAGAGAUAAUAUUUGAAAAGUCAGUUUUCUCUGUCGACAACAGUUGUUACUUUUUAUUAGUAAAAAUAUUAAAUCAAAGUUGGGGUACAAAUAUUGUUUAUGAGGCUAUCAGAAGAAAUUAUCCCUUUGUAUUAAAAGUGCUUUUAAAGUACGAUAUACAUUCUAACGGCUUAGUCGAUUUGAAAAGAGGAACAAACAUUCUUGACUACGCUAUCGAUAAUAAAUUAAAGGAACACGUUCAAAUAUUAUUGGAAUCUAAUAAAUGGGCGUCUUUUUUACGCCAUUACUACACGUAUGAAGUAAAUAUAUUUCCUUUCUUCAACCAAACUCAUGUUUCAUCUCCAUUUAAAAAAUUAGUAAGAACAAUGCCAGAUAUGGCUAGAUUAGUGUUGGAUAAAUGCGUUGUUAAGCCGUCAGAUAGUGAAGAGUACGAAGAGGAAACACUAUUCGAAAUGUCGAAAAAGAUUAAUAUACCAAAAAAUUACGGAAUGUCUAAAAACCUUCAUCCAAAAUCAAUUAAAUUUCAUUUAAUGAAGAAAAGAGACGUCAAUUAUAAUUUCAACGCGACCGUUUCGUGCGAUGGACGAGAGAGACUUGUAAAACCUUUAUAUUCAUUAAAGUGCGAUUGUAGCAAUCACGAAAAGCUUGAAUUGUAUAAUUUUGAAUUUAUAACUGAUUCAUUUUACGAUGAACAUCACGCUAAAAUCUCUCAGCGAAUAAUGAAAGAUCACCCCCUUUAUUUAAUGGCUGACUAUGGCCGAAAAGAACUUAUUGAGCAUAAACUUACCAGAAAAUUAUUUGCUUUCCAUAGGAAAGAGUAUUUAAGACAAUUUUUAGGCUUUCUAUUGUAUUAUAUACUAUAUUUGGGUUUGUUUACGUCAUUCCUACUCACAUCUUCAUCACCAGUCUUCCAAAAUUACGAACGAAUUAACGCUACAAACAAAAUUGAAUUCUUUUGUAGUAAAGACAAAGGUACAUGGAUUAUUAUGGUCAUAUUGUAUAUGAUUAUAGGAAUUAGUUUAUUAGCAGAGAUUAUGCAAAUGAUUGAUUUAAGGAAAAGAAUCGGUAGAGAGAGAGAAGACAUUGUACACUUUCCUGUUUCAUCUUAUAUAAUAUUUAUUGGAUUUCUUAUAGUUAUGCCAAUUAUUGUUAUGAAUUUGUUAACAGCUUUAGCGGUUGAAAACGUUAAACAUUUAAAAGAAGUUACCUAUUUCGCAUCAAAGAAAUUGGAAGUAGCUAUGUGCAACGAAUCAGAAUUCUAUAGGCAAAGAAACUUUUUUGGUCGAGUAUUAAAUUGGUUGCGAAGAAACUUCGAAAGGAAAAAUUGUCUAUUGAAUCGGCGAAAUAGUCGUAUUGAUAGUAAAACUGGUGAUGUUUACUCAAAAGUUCAAUACGAAGAUGAAACUGAUUCGAAACAUUUUAAUUUUUAUUAUAAAAUUAAAUGCCGUGAAGAAUUUCAGAAUUUUUUCAAUUUUACAUCGUCAUUUAUGGGAAUAAGUUUAUAUUCUAGUUGGGCAGUUGAAUGUACUGAACAUAAUUGUAUUGAAGAUAAGACAAAUUCUCGUAAGAAUUAUAAAAUAAUGAAAGAAGAGAAAACUGUUAAAAAAGAAGAUUUAACAUUAAUGGAAGAAACUAUUCUACAAUUGAAAAAUUCAAUUAAAGAAGUUGAACAAAAUCAUAAGAAAUCUAUAAAUGAUAUUAAGAAAAAUAUUUAUAUUAUUAAAGAUUUAUUAGUUGAAAAGUUUAAAGAAAGUUAA